AGCAUGAAUGCCAGAUCUAUAGCAGGAAGACUCUUCUUUGCUUUCUUCCAGUGGAAAAAGUUGGUCAUCUGGCUCUGUGUAGGUCUGUGCGUGCAGAGCCUGUGCUACUCUGUGACGAACUCGCAUGAAAGUCACAUUGAGAAGCAUCUUGGUGCUUGCCAGAGAAGGUUUGUGUGGAGAAAGCCUUUUCUUGGAAGGUUUGAAUCUCACCGGAAGCCUUUCCUGACCAGCAAAUCCUUAUACUCGCUCGUGGACAGACCUUUUAAAAGAGAGAUUGAACAAGUUCUGUGGUUCCAUAAACUGCCUUUCGGGCUGCAGAGCUCUGUUCUCUCUGCCUAUACCACGUUGCAGCUUCUUCCUCAGCAGGAGUUGCCUGGAUCCUUUGCCCGUUUAUGGUGCCAAAGGUGCAUUGUGGUCGGCAAUGGUUACUCCGUCCAUGGCCAACACUUUGGGAAAAUGAUUGACUCUCACCAUGUUAUCAUAAGGUUAAAUGAUGCUCCAGUAAAAGAACACAAAAAAGAUGUGGGUGAGAGAACCAACGUCUGUCUAUUCUUCCCUGAAUCAGCUCUGCCCAACCUUCUGGAAAACAAUGACAAUGAUACACUGAUGGUGUUUGUCCCAUUCAAGCCCCUGGACUUCCUCUGGCUGAGAGAAGUGUUACUGAAAACAAGGAAUAAGACGAAGGUGGGGUUUUGGCGCCAGCCCCGGGAGUGGAACGGGAAUGUCUCCCAGCUACGUAUUCUCAACCCGUAUGUCACCUAUGAAGCAACGUACAAACUGCUGCAGCUGGAUGAGUCAAGUAGGAGAUACGCCACCAUGGGAAUCAUUGCGUUGAACUUAGCCCUCCAUAUGUGCCAAGAGGUCAAUAUUGCAGGCUUUGGUUACCCUGGCAACCAUGACAAUACUAUGCCAAUACAUUAUUACAAUAUGGGUCACUCACGGAAAGAAGAGCUUUUUCAGCACAAUAUCACUGCUGAGAGGAACUGGCUGCAGAAAAUGAUUGACUGGGGCGUGAUUGGUGACAUAGCUAGCCCUUCCUUCCAGGCCCAGAACUGCUGA